AUGGCCUGGCGUUUGGGCGUACAAAAUGAGAGGAGAUAUCAGCUCCGAUUUGAACCGUUAUUCAUUCAGCAGCUUCAUACCACAGCUGUGUUGAGCAAAGAUACAUCGAAAGCAUUUUCACCCCAUAGCAUGACUUACACAACAGCCCCGACACCGAGGCACAUCAAUGAAAAGAUUGGGCCUUUUGUCAGCGAUCAGCUUCUCAAAUCAGCACUCUACGUCAGGCAUAGAUUGUGGCUGUUCGCCCGAAAUGGGAACUUCAUUUUCUGCGGAUGCGUGCUCGACUUCACAGCACCAGUUCUCUCCAUUGAACCGAAUGGAACCGAUGGAAGAGGAAUUCUUUCAAAGAACAUGAACAAAUUACAACAGGCCACGCCCACGCUCACCCGAUCCGACUGCGCCUUAUACCACCACCAAGAAGUGACCGGGCCAAAGACUCCCGCCCAAGGAUGCAUAGGUAAUGCUGCCCUACCCGCGCGGAUUGCGUUCCCGUCAGCGCAUCGCGACGAGACGAACAAGGCCCGUCCCAUCUGA